AGGAGACCGGUUGUGAGUUCCGGGGCAUGUGAAUGAAGGGAGGCGGGUUCUUGGAAGGACACUGGCCAGAUGCGAGAGGGAGCAAGCGAGGGAGCUCUUUUUCACCCCUUAUAGCAAACCCAUUGAAAGGGGUGCAAGAGCUUAAACCGAGUCCCUGGGAAGAGCGACUUCCUUCGUGCGCCCCCGUUUUGCCCUUGUGCAGAGCAGUGUUCCAGGACCAUAUCUAAUGGAUGGAGUAUAGCUCAUGGAAGAGAAAAAUCAUAUCAGGACAUCCUUGGUUUCCAGGUUACCAAAGUAUGGAACAAAACCUGUUGGGAAUAUCCUACAGACAGUUCCAAAUGGGAACUUAUCAGGGAAUACUCAGAGUAUUGACAAAAAUUUCAGCAAGCGCAAUGGCACUAUUUGUAUGUCUUCCUUCUCCUUUAACUGGCGGAAAUCAAAUAAGUACCAACUGGGUGAUCAGACUGGUAGUGAGUCAAGUUCCAGUCACAAUUCCAAUGAAAGACUGACUGAUUCUGACAAGUGCCCUCAAUCUCAAGGAGCAGUUGGUAAAAAAGUGCUCAGGGUGGGUUCAAAUGGCACCUCUUCUUCAAAAAUUGCAAAACAAAGUAACAUGUUUGUGUCAUCUACAGAAGAAUUAAACCAAAAGUCUUUGCCCGGACUGUCUGGUUCAGCUAAGUUCGUCAAAAGUUCAUUGUUGGGCAGGACUUCAUAUUCCGGACUUAGUGCUCCAAAGUCACAUUUGAAUGGAAUUUGUGAGAACCGAUCAACUGUAGGCUUGCAAAGGAGUAGAGGUGGUAAUACUGCCAUCAGGAGCAGCUCAGGGGAGAGUCUGGCAAAGUCAGCAGACAAUGUUAACUCUUCUUGUGAAAAAAUGGUUAGGUCACAAAGCUUUUCGCAUUCCAUUCAAAACUCUGUCUUGCCCCCUACAUCUCUAACCAGGUCACAUUCUUUUAAUAGAGCUGUGGAUCUUACAAGGCCUUAUCAAAACCAACACCUAGCUAUUAGAGCAUCUCAGAGGUCAAAUCUGUUGUCAAGAAGUACACGGCAGUUGAACAUGCCCAACAUUAAUGAACCUUUAAGAUAUGGAUUUACUAGGUCAUAUGCUGCUUUAGUACCCCCUGGUUUGAAGAAACAACCACUGUCAAAUGGCUCCGGGGAUGCACCCUCCUUGAGAUUUAGAACAGGCCGACCUUCUUUACUGAAGCCUAGUGACCAACACUUGGGAAGAAAGAUACCCGUGGAUGGAAGCACAAGUAAAGACACUGAAAACUGUAUAGUAGAGGACUCAUUGAUUUCAACAAAUAUCAGUGGAGGCAUUGAUACAAAAAGCAUACAAAAGAGUGACAGUGAAAGAAAAGAAGCUGAAGCCAUAUAUAAAAACUUGGUAGAAAGUAGCUGUAACGUUAUUUGCAUGAGUGGUGAUGUGGAUGAAAUAUCUAUAUCUUCCUUGUCCUCUUCUGAGAAGAAUGAUCUAAGUGAAGACUUUAGUGAUGAUUUCAUAGAUUUAGACGAUCCAAACAAAACGAUAAAAAUCGAAGAGGAAGACGUUUCUAUACAAGAGUUAGAGCAUGGAAGUGGAAUAUCGCUCAAUCAACUUCCAUCUCUUAAAGAAAGUGAGAGAUCCAAUUGUAAUUCUGAAGAAUGGCUGAACAUACGUGUGUCUGCAAUAGAUGACAAGAGUGAAAGUGCAAAUCAUCCAUCUGGGAACAACGUGAUUUCCUCUGAUAUGGACUACAGAGCUGGCUCUUCCUUUGAGCUUUCUCCAUCUGAUAGCUCUGAUGGCACCUAUAUGUGGGACGAAGAAGGGUUGGAGCCCAUUGGGAGUGUCCAUCCAUGUGGAAGUUAUGAUUCUUCAGAAAUGAAUAGUAUAGAUAUCUUGAAUAACCUUGAUUCAUGUGACCUUGAAGAUGAUGAUCUUAUGCUUGAUGUCGACUUACCUGAAGACACAACUUGUGAUAAUGUGGAUUGUGAAAAUAUGAACCGUUAUGAUCGACAAGACAGAAAUAUCCGACAGCAGAAGGAAGGACUGUGGAAGAGGACACCACAACGGUGGAAUACUCAAGACCACUAUCAUCUUGGCCACACUGACCACUAUCCCCAUAGUAGAAGUGAACUGAACAGGGGCUCCAACUACUUGGAUCCCCCUCCUGCUGGUCAUCUUGAAGGUUAUGGAGCACCAAGCUUGUACCCACCCUUCGUGGGUUUGCCGGCAAACACUGUGAUGUUGGAUGAAAUGACCCUUCGGCAUAUGGUUCAAGACUGCACAGCUGUGAAAACUCAGUUACUAAAAAUGAAAAGGAUACUUCAUCAGAACGAUGAAAAUUUGUCCCUUCACAACACGCUGUCACUGCCUUCAAGUCCAGAAUUUCAGGAGCCUGGAUCAACAUAUAAGACUGAUGAUUUGCUGAGUGAGAUCAUGCAGCUGAAAGAAGAUAUGAAGAAAAAAGAUGAAACUAUCAAAAGACUAGAACAUCGACUUUCCUUUAGGUGUAACUGCAACAGGGACAGCAAAAAAUCUGAAGUGGCAGUGUGCACAUAUGCCGAUAAAUACACACAGACCUCCUGGAGGAAAAAUGCUCCUCAAGUACUACAGCCUUCCAGCCUCCUUCCCCGUUUCACAGACCUCGCCCAGGGAAAAUUAAUAAAAACGUCACACAUCGAGGCCCACAGUGAACACCCCACUUGCGACCAACAGAAAGAUGGCGGCCAUGAAUAUCAAAAUGCUGCAAAUGGCUCCUUCACCGAUAGCCUAAAUGAACUGAGCACUUUAAAUACACAGUUAAAUGUAAAGAAGCCAGAGAAUGCACAUUCCAUCAAGAUUAAAGUUAGAGAGAAUCCUCAAGAACUUAAGGAGCUGACUGGUAGAAAAGAUAAUGUGCUACAGUCUCAUCCCUCUUCUUCCCAAUUACCUACCCAAGUGAAUAUGCAAGAAGUGCAGACCAAAUUGGUUUUGAAAAAUCGUCGCUCAUGGACAAGCCAGGCUUCACCGCCAAAGACUUCAAGAGCUACAAAACCCCCAAACCAGAAUGCUUUAGUGCCUCCUCCAGCAAAGAUUGCAACAUCAUCUCUGAAUGAUUGUUGUGCUUCAAAGGAGCCUGAGCUGCUGCCACUAAGCAGCCCAGAACAACCACAGUCACCAUCCAAUCAGGCAGACCUGAAUAGUAGGAGCCACAGAACUUCGAAACUUCGCCCUCCAACCACUUCCUUCAGACCCAAGCAAACAACAAAUCCAAAAAGCAUAAUACCUCCUGAGCCUCAGAACACCUGGUCCAAGACAAACCGCUCAAGGCAACUAACACAAGCAAAGGAAAAUAGGCAGAAUCCAGGUUCAAGCAUUCAUUCUAAUAACAGUGUGACGUCAAAUUGGCAUUCCCGCCUCCCUAAACCAAAGACAUAGUGAAAGUAUGACUUCAUAUGCACAUCUCGGUGUCCUGUGUUUAGCUGCUUAUCCUCCUCCUUUCUUGCCUCAGUCAAGAUGGUUCAUUGAAAGCCUACAAGCACUGAAUGCUGCAUUUCAUCUGGUACUCAUUCUAUUCUAAUCUCCCUUAAUUUUGUACCAUUUCGAAAUGUGUGUCAUUCUUUCAAAACAUGGUUUAAUUUAUUGUAAAAACCUGUGGUCCACUGAUUGCAUUGCCCACAAGUCCCUUUUCAAGAAUUGCUUGGCUUAAUACUAAAAGUUUGCAAGGCCACUGCAUCACCAUUUGUUUGAGGAGGGCAGUCUGCUGGGAUCCUGUCCAUAUUUGUUUGGACAGGUAAAUAAUAAAUGGCUAAGACUACACUGUUCAUUCUGACUUACUAAUUAUAAGUGGUGAACAAAUUCUAUGAUUUGAUCUUUUCUCUCUCAAUUCUCAGCCAUAAUUUUGAAUCUGCAUCUGAGGCCUAUGCAAAAUGAUUCUAUAACACUCAGUUUGAGAUUUUCUAAAGGAUGUAUAUUGGGAGUUAUAAUUGAUGUUUUAUUUUUGCCAUGAAUGAAUUUUUCCCAGUUUGCUUGGUUUUCCUUUUUUGGGUCUGUAUUCACAAGUGACAAACAAAAUUUCACAGGAUGGAAUCUAUCUUAAAUAUAUUUAAUAUUAUUUCAUCCAUCUGUGGUAGAGAACUUAUGAAAUGCUUUGUAUUUUAGAGGUAUUGUAACAUAACUGAAAGCCCAUGUUGAGUUUGCAUGUCCAAAACACUGUUUCAUGCAUUCUGUUCUGAAAUAAUGUGUAAUUCAGCUCUGGACAUAAUAGGUCCAUGACACACUUGGGUUUUUUUAUAAUGCAUCUUUCAUUUAAGAUUUAACUUAAUUGUAGCAAUAUUGGUUUCUCUUCUUAGUAAGACUAGAAUACCUAAUCUGAAAUGUUUGCACAAAACUGCCAUAAAUGUAGGGAAUUGAAAUUUAUUUUUCAUAAUAAAAGCUUGGUGUUUUUUUUAAAAAAACAAACCUUUAAAAAACAUAAUUUGUUUUGAAGAACCUUGUGGAGUCAUAAGAGCAGAGCUGGCAUUCAUUCUUUCAGAGAUUAAUAAUUUGCUUUUGUGAGUUCUUAGGUAGGAAAUGACUGGCAUACGGAAUGAGAAAAACACCUUGAAGAGCAUUUUUGUAUGAAGAUGAUUGUAGUGGGUGUUUAUAGGGCCACAAAGCAUGGGGAUAUGCCCAUAACUUGAAUAAGCACACAUGCAAUUAAAUGUUCAAUGAAAACCAUUGCACCCCACAAAAUUAAACAUAAUCUUUUAGCUUGACCUCAUCCAGAUUUUACUCCAGUAUCAACCAGGGAACUGUCAGAUAUUUUCAAAUACUGCCUUCAGUGUGGUUAAAUGAAACAGUUGGUUUCAUUUAAUUAAAUAUCCCCAUAGCAGUGGGUUUGAGACCUUUGUAGAACUUUCAAAAGAUGAUCUUUCAGGAUUUUUUUAAAAUUAAGCCAGAGUAUUUGUGCCAUUGGCUUCUCUUAACAGCUGCCUCUGUUAGAAAGGUUGAUGACAAAACGUGCACAGCCCAAUCUUGGUCCGUUGGGUUUACUAACUAUGCAUCACCUUUGAAACUGAAGGAAAUGCAGAGAAGUUUAUUUGGUCUUGCAGAGUCAGAGUCUGUCUAAAGUGGCAUAAAUGUUUUUAACCAGUUGCCUUUUGGUGUAGAGGGAUAAGAGGUGCUAUUUGUAAGAUUUUAAGGUGUUGUUCAGUUGGGGUAUUAUCCACUCUGAGCCUUGGGAUGGGGCUGGGUUGCAAACCAAAUUCUCACAUUUUGCUCUUUAACACAUUUUGUUUAAAGCUGACGAAACACAUCUGUUCUUAUAUUCAAUCUGUCGUGAUAGUUGUGGCAGAAUCAUUGUCAACUGGAUAUGAUUCUCUUACAAAUAUUACAGCAAAUAUUUUAAUAUUUACAGAGCAACAGUUUAAUAUGAAAUUUUUAAAGUUUAUUGGAGUCACAGUGCUGUUGGGGCUUGCCUUUGGAAAUGAAAAUAUAGCAAGAUUCCAUACAGGACUCAGUAGAUUUCCAAUAUUUAAAAACUUCUGAAAGUGAAACGUUGGUUCAUCUUCAAGGUCCUCUAGAUCUGCUAAUACAGCUUGUAAAGGGGAAGCUAAAUGUCAUAGGCUAAAUGAAGGUUUGAGGUUCAUUUGGUUCUAUCCUACUGUUUCACAUCUACACUCAUCGUGUGUGUGUGUGUGUGUGUGUGUGUGUGUGUGUGUGUGUGUGUGUGUGUGUGUUUGCGCGCACACAGACACAUUCACUCUCUCUCCCACCUGUCUAGCAAGAUGUACUCUUGUGUCUCAGGACGUGAGCAGAGAGUAUGACAAGUUGCUGACUUGGAAAAAGUUGCCACUUGCCCAAUCAAAAGUUGCAAGACUGCUUUUAAAGUAAAAACCAGUGCCUCACAAUUUAAUAUUUACACCUAUACCUGUGUUUAGAAUAUUGGUCGGAUAACUUCAAGAGUUUAUAUAAUCAUUUUAGGGCAUUAUUUAGGGCACUUAAGAAGCAAACACUGAAGGUGGUCAUAGCUUGGCUUUUUAUAUUGACUUCAGUUAGAUAUUGUACUUGAUGAAAACAAACUAUUUUCCAAAUAUACAUUUAGGUUUGCAGAUCCUAAUAUUUUAAAAUUUGUUAGACUGGUAGUUCAGAAAUGAAGUUGUAGACAGCAGACUGGGUUACAUACAAUACUGAGAUGGAUAGCCUAAAUUGUGUAUGUGUGUGCUGCCACAUAAAUAAAAAUGUAGGGUCUUGGACCAAGCUGACUCUCACCCCAUUAUAAACAAAAUAUGUUGCAAGACUAUAAUCAGUCAAUAUGUAAGUUGUUACAGACCACUGCCUCAUCACUUCAGGCAAGUAACAGAGGAAGGCAAACUGGGAGAUAAUGGCUUUCACCAUCAUGAUUGGCUGUCUCUUUAAACUGUGUGAACUUUCACUGAAUAUGACUAUAACAAAGAAUGUUCUGAUGUAAGUUUAGAAAGUCCAGAGAAUGAGGCACAGCUUCUUUUAGCUAAAGAGAUGAGAGAUUGAAGGCUCACUACAGCUUUGUACUACUCACUUCCAGAAAGUGGUUUGUGGAAUGCCAGCCCUAAGGUGGAACUCCAAUAGGUGUAAGUAUCUCUUUCAAGUAAUAAAAGUGUUAUUUCAAGUGAAGAAAUGUCAUUGGUACUGUUGCAGAAGAUUAAAUGCAUAAAUAGGCAGUUUUAAGAUUCUAAACUUCUCUUAUGUAUUAUCCUGUUGGAUUCUCCUACCUUAUGCAAUAACUCCUAAAAGUAUUAAAUUACUACUUGUGUACAGAAAAAGAUAAUGAUCUUUAACAAUAGAUGCAGAAGUGGAACAAAACUAAUUUGCACUUUAAAAUAUGAACUCCGUUGCUUGGAGUUGUGCCUAAAUUAAUUUAAAUACCUGCAGUUGAGUUAGUGAAACAAUGUUUGUGUGUCGUAGUUGUGGGGGUUUUUUUUAAAUGGAAGGUUAACAUGGGCAAUGCAGUCCAUUAAAUGCCUCUAGUCUCCUCCAGUCCUUGUCACCUGCUCUUCAUUAUUACCAACCAAUAUUCAUGGUAUAGCUUGCAUGACCCCCAAGACUUGAUCCCUCCAAGGGCUGUCCCAUUAAGCAUUCACUUAUGUAAUAUCCAGCAUCUGCAUAUUGUUGCUGAGAAUUUGGAGUGACUUGUGGCAAAAGAGAAACAUGAAGACGCACUUGCCAGAACUGAGGCUUAAAGACAUCAUAUUUUGCAGAUUUGUCUUUGAAGUAUCUAUAUAUAUAUUUAGACUUGAUUUUUGAGUUGUUGAUGAACCCAUGUGCAAUACUAACCCCUACCCUCAUCAGUUUAGUUGAGAUUUGUGAGAUCAUUGAACAUCAAAGCUUCACCAAGCAUUGAAUGGUUUAAAGACAAAUGUAUGAUAUAAAUGCCAAUUCCAGGCAUGGUGAAGCUCAAGUCAAGUGCAUAAAAAUCAAUCCUUGGUCUCAAAUCUUCAUUUUUUGUUUUAACACAGCUUAGAUAACUUGAAUAGUAUUUGUGAUUUAUUUUGUUCCUUGCAUGUCACUCCAUAUGCAUUCAUGAAGCCUUUCAUGUACUGAUAACUAGCAUGCCUGAGGAUGAAAUGUAAUUACCUUUUUUUGGGCAUAAUUUCUUUUUUUGGUAGAGAUGCAUUCUCAUACCAUUAAGAUUGAUAUUAGUCCUGAAAUGGAGUUUCCAUUUUGUCUGUCUUUCUCAUCUGGUUGUGUUGGUUCUCUAAACAUAAUAGACACACACUAGCUGAAAUUGAGCACCUCUAAGACUCAUCAAUUUCAGUAGGAGAGUUAAGUUUGUGUUUGGUGCUCUCCAACUGAAAUCAAUGGUGCUUAAAACUAUUUAACUUCAGCUGCUUCAAGCCCUAUUGAAACAUGAUCAUGAUAAUAGGCUCUGGUUUUAGAAUAUUCUAUAACCAUGCUCUAAGAAAAUUAAAAAAUAUAUUUUGAUCACUGUUGUGGUAAAGCUGCUCACUGCCUACAUAAAUUUCAAAAGCACCACAAUAAAUCAUUAUAAACUGCAGUGUUUGUAUUUGUCUUAAAUUCAGUACUAGCUGCGAAAGUACCCUUAAUACAUAGGGUUUUUUGUUUUAAAAAAAAUUCAAAGUAAAUACUGUAUAUUGGAACUUGCUUGUAAAGAUGAUUUAAAAACUUGUAUGUAAAGACUUUGCUUUGUUGCUUUAGUGAAUAAAGUUCAUAAUUCUGA